AUGAACAUUGAUUUUUCAAGAAUCUUCAAUCUCUUAAGCGAAAUACCCUCCCACGUUUUCAAGCAGAGUUGUCUAACCAAUUUGCCUGAAAAACAAAUGGAUGAAAUCAACAAAACCCCCCCCAUCCUGGAAUCGCAUUUAACAAUAUAUUCCAGCAUUCAAGAAAGCUUCAUCAACAUUACUGUCCUCUUCAUACCCAAUUUGCUUGUGAUUGCUGAUCAAUACCUGGUGCUCUCUAAUUGUAAAAUAGCCAAGUUGAAACAAUGCUCCAAAUUCGAUGCAUAUGCAAUAUAACUAUCAAGUUCAACUGGACAUCUCCUGGUGUUCUUUAACAAUAAAUAGCAAUAUUUGGAAUGGGUGCCUAAAAUGAAAUCCUUUUGCAGACUAACCGAUUUCUCAAACAAGUUUAACCUGUUGGAAUAGAUCAUCAAAGAUUAUGCUGUAAUUCAGCACAAAAAAACCAAAAAAUAUUAUACCUCCUAUGUUCAUUCUAUUAAAUCCACAUCACCAGUCGAUGUUUUGCAAAGUGAAAUUCAGACCUUGAGGAGCAUAAAACACCCAUCCCUCUUGGACUUGAAAUGGGUGUAUGAAGACACCCAUUGCAUCUACUUGAUAUUUGAAUAUUUUAGAUGUGAGAAACUGCUCGAUCUCCUUAAUUAAGGAUUGAUUUUGGAUCAAACACAAUUAGCAUCUAUAAUUCUGUAAUUACUGUAAUCUAUCAAAUUUUUAAGGAAGAACAACAUUUAUCAUGGCAACAUCACUCCAAAUAACAUCCUCAUCAAUACUCAAUCCUCCUUUCUUUAAGUAUUCCUGGUCAAUAUGGUAUUUAUCAGUAGAAUUGACUCUGAACCACUUGAUCAUUACUUCUCAAAUGUGCAUGAGAGCUAUAUAGCUCCUGAAAUUAAAUAAGGUAUUGCCAAACCUUCAAUUGAUAGCGAUCUAUAUUAAAUAGGAGUUGUAUUUUAUUUUUUGACAUUCUUUAUUCAUCAAAAAAGGAAGGAUGAAAGAGUUGAUCGAAUUUAAAUGGAACUAAUUGAUAAGGCUGAAGAGCAUUUGUCAUUACUUGACAAAAAUGCAUAAUGUAUUAGCUUUUUAACUUAAGAUAAGUAUAAAAUGGUAUAUUGUGCCUCUCAAUUAGACUUGUUGAGGAGAUUGCUAGACAAGAAAGGGAAUAGAAUAAGAUUAGAGGAUGCAAUCAAACAUCAUUGGUUCAUCAAUAUAAAGUAGAAAUUAAAGCCAAAGGUGGAAAGAAGGAAGUAGCAUCUGCCAUCCUUAAAAACGAUCAUUGAAUUAUGUGAAUAAAAUGAAUUUUCAAAAAAGUUUGAGAAAUAACAAAAAAUAAUAGACGAAGAUUCUGUGCUUGAUGAGAAUAAUUUUAUUUAAGAUCUGAUGAUAUAAUUAGAGAAGAACUAGCAAACCAAGAGACCUUCAAAAGAAAAUCAUGAGAAAUUGAAAAUGUUUGAGCAAUUCAAAACUCAAAUAGAGUGUGAAAAGACGAGCCAAGAUAAAUAGUUUGUAUUUUCCAAAAGCAUUAUGUGA